AUGGAAGUUGCCGGUUUCGAGGAACGAGGGAAGGAAGGGACGUGGUGGGCGCGCACCACGGUUUGGGUUAGAUUCGUCGUGGAUGUUUUCCCCAUCCGCACGACAGCGAGGCGACGUGCCUCGUCUCAACUCGGCUCAACAAAGCUGCGCGCCUUCCUUUGCUGGCACACGCCGCCCAAGUCACGGGGUUUGCAUCCCGUCCAUGUCCUUGUCCUUGCUUGCCAGCGCCUCGGGACCUGCCCGGACUCGACCAUUCCCAAUGCCAUUCCUCGUGCCAUUGCCAUUGCCAUUGCCUUUACCUUUGCCAUUGCCAUGGGCGGUGGCCCGGGUCGGGCAAGUGGAAUGGCACAUCACUUCCUGGCAUUCUCUGUCUCGUUUCUCGUGUGA